AUGGGAGCGGGGGGCAGUCACCUCCAUGCCGAUACGCUUCCCGGUGGUCCGCAGCACCAAACGCGGCUGCUGUACCGCAACGCUGGCCGCGUUGACUCGGCCAACCGCACGUUCGGAGCUUGUUACGACGGCAAUACGGUGGUCAUUAUCAAUCCUGGUCGAAGCCCCAUGAAGCCCUACGUUCGCGUUCCCGAAGGCACGUACGCCCUCGUCCAGAGUCAAGGGCGGGACGUGGACUAUGUCAAGUCAGACGGCAGCUCGACGCCCGUGUGGCCGCCGGGCAAACACUUUGCGUCCGUGUUUACCAAAGUGGCUCACCUGGUCACGAAGCAGUACAUUGUGUUUGACACGCCCGUGAAAGGCUGCAAGACCGCCGACAAUGUGACAGUGGGCAUUGACAUGUGUCUCAUCCUGCGCAUCAUGGGCGACGAGCUCAAGGGCGAAAAUCCAGAGCUUGUGCGUCGAUUCGUCUACGAAUUAGGUCCUAACGGACUCGAGGUGCAGCUACGCGCGGCACAAGAUGAAGCAGUUCGCGCGCUUGCUCGCAGUGUGGAGCACACGGAGGUCUACCAGCUUCGUGAUGGUACCAUGCGCGAGCGGUUCAAGACAGGCGCGCUCAACUUUCGUACAGAUCGAGUCGCGAACGACGAGUUGCACUCGCCCAAGAUAAAGGAGACAGUGUCCCCGAGCGAUCCUUCAGGAGAGAAGAAGGUGCUCUAUUGUGUCACGGAGGACAUUCGACGCAGUCUGAAUGACCAGUUCAAUGCCUACGGUGUACAGAUCACCAGCGUUGCUAUUACAAACGUGACGCUACCCCUGGAAUUCCAAACGCAGAUGCAAAGUCGCACGACGCACUUGAGCGCCAUCAAAGAGCAAAACAUGAAACAGUUGAGUGACAUGCAGAUGCUGCACUACAAGGAGGAGCUCGACACGACGAAACUCGCGCGCAAGAUGAUGUACAUGGAAGAAGAGCAGACGGGUAAGGCCAAGUGUGCCGAGAUUCGCAAAGGGAUCGACCUGAUCAAUGCACAGUCGGAACUCGCAGACGAAGAGAUUUGCCAAAAGACGAUUGUGACUUGCGAUAACCUCCGCGUUGAAGCGUCGUUGAAAAUUGCCGAGAUCGAUGCCGAGAGGAUGCGGAUCGCAGCAGAAAUCAUGGCGCAUUGCGAUGCUGAGAUUGGCCUGAUCAAUGCCGAGAAGGCUGCGAUGCAACUGCAAUUAGAGGCCACAUCGAGUGAGAUUCGCGUCACGUCCGAGGCAACAGCGGCCGAGAUUAUUGCUCGUGCCGAGGGGGCUGCAGCAAGCCAGUUGGCGAGCUACCGUCGACACGAGCUGGAGAUGAAGAAACUGGAUAUGCUUGGAUCGCUUGCGAAGAACAAGAUGACGGUCGUGUCGGGCGACACGUCGAACAGUUUGCUGUCGGAGCUGCUUGUCGCCAAUCGCCAAGGCAAUGUUAUGUUGAACAUCGAUGGCUUGACGGGCAAAGUCGGUAGUAGCACCUAA